CUCUAAGGUGGUUUUGUGUGAGCAAAGCGGAAAGCCAACGAACACAUGCAUAACCCCAAAGGCAGUCAAUAUGGGGGAGAGAGAGAGAGAGAGAGUUGACCGGGUGUCUUGUGGGUCUUUAGCUUUGUUCUUAGCAUUUUCUUAUGGAGUAUGAGUGAAGAAAACGAAUAAAGAAAGAAGAAAAAAGAUGGGUCGGAUUCCAUGCUGUGAGAAGGACAAUGUGAAAAGAGGACAAUGGACACCUGAGGAAGACAACAAGCUAUCCUCUUACAUCGCCCAACAUGGCACCCGCAAUUGGCGACUCAUCCCCAAGAAUGCUGGUCUUCAAAGAUGUGGGAAAAGCUGUAGGUUGCGAUGGACUAAUUACCUCCGGCCGGACCUUAAGCAUGGCCAAUUCUCAGAGGCGGAGGAGCAAACUAUUGUCAAACUUCAUUCUGUUGUUGGCAAUCGAUGGUCAUUGAUUGCAGCCCAGUUACCUGGCCGCACUGACAAUGAUGUCAAAAAUCAUUGGAACACCAAGCUGAAGAAGAGGCUUUCAGGCAUGGGAAUUGAUCCCGUCACCCACAAGCCUUUCUCUCACCUCAUGGCUGAGAUUGCCACCACACUGGCUCCGCCACAGGUAGCUCACCUAGCAGAAGCAGCGCUUGGCUGUUUCAAAGACGAAAUGCUCCACCUCCUCACUAAGAAACGCAUUGAUUUCCAGCUUCAACAAUCAAAUGCCGCACCAGGAAACAACACAGUUCCUUAUGUUACCAGCAAACAAGAGGAGAAAGAUGAUGCAGUUGAGACGAUCAAACUGAAUUUAUCGAGAGCUAUGCAAGAACCUGACAUGCUACCCCUGAAUAAGCCAUGGGAGUCUUCUGGGGCAACAUCGGCUAAUUUUGCAGGGGCCUGUAGCGUUUUCCCUGUGUCUGUUACUGGAUUUCAGUAUGGUCCACCAUCUUUUGGUAAUGAAGGGGGUGGCUCACCAUGGAGCCAGAGUAUGUGUACUGGAAGCACAUGCACAGCAGGGGAGCAAGGCAGGUCACAUGAGAAAUUAAAGGAUGAAAACGGAGAUGAAUCCGAAGGUGGAAAAGAAAUUAAGAAUGCAUCAAGCAUAUUCAAUACAGAUUGUGUUUUAUGGGAUAUACCAUCUGAUGAUCUUAUCAAUCCUAUAUAUAGAGAAGCUUUUAACAACAAAGAAUAGUAUAGGCAAGAACUUCUUAGGGAAGAAUGA